UAUGUAAAUGCUUGGUAAAAUGAUGUACUUCUACUGUAAAAUCCAUACUUAAUCGCGUCAGGCUGAAACUAAACAGAUUAUGAAUAACGAACAUACAGUCUGUAUACAAUAUUCUUCACUUUCAUGAGCAAAUCCUGCUAAUCAGCCUAAUCCAUCAGCACUCCACGUCGCCAUUAAGCCUCUUUUACCAGUUUUAUUUUUUUAUGAUUUUAUCCCUUAUUUCAUCCCAACGUGCUUUUGUGUCAGAGUGUAACUAAACAACCACAACACUUGUGCUGAAUGAACGCUGUCUUCUUCAACAGAAUCCUGUCAUUCUACGAUCAGUUUGUUGGCCAGCUUUCCUGUGAGAUGUGUGUAGUUCCUGGUGCAGCUGGUACUCACCGAAGCCAAAACGCUAUCGUUUUGCUUCUGUCUUAAACUUUUAAUAUUAUCAUCUCUCUCCUCCCUUAUCAAUACAACAUGGACGCCAGCCAUACCUCCAUAUCCCUGGACGGAGUGGAGCCCGAUCAGUCCGUCGUGGCCGAGAAUCAGGAAUCUGACGUCAGCUUUUUCACCAGUCCGGCGGCCCCUACCAGUCAGCCGCCGCCACAACCACCACUCCGUACCCGUCGUUCCAUCCGUCCACCAAAACGCGACCUCCCCGAUGAUGCCGUGCAGCACAGCCGUAAGCCGCGCUUCAGCCGCUGCCUGCCGCAAUCCCUCCGUCAGUGCCGCAGUGUCCUGCGGGAAAUGAAGAGUCUGCGCUGUGUCCACCUGAGUUAUCCGUUCCUGCGUCCGGUCGACGAGGUGGCCGAUAAUGCGCCCGACUAUUAUCGGGUGAUUGAGCAGCCCAUGUGUCUGGACGAGAUCGAGCACAAACUGAAUACGCGUCAGUACCGGAAUGCCCGGGAAUUCGCCAUGGAUGUCCGGCUGAUGUUCAAUAACUGCUAUCUGUAUAACGGACACCAGUCGGAGAUGGGACUGUGUGCCAAAAAACUGCAGGAGAUAUUCGAGACGAAAUUCGAACAGAUUUCCCAGGAUGAGCCGGACUAUGUCGCCACCCUGACGAAGCGUCCCAAGCGCAGGGAGAAGAAAAAGUCGCCAAAAACUGCCCACCGCAAACCGGCACAUCCUCAGCCGGUGGAAGAGUCGUCGACGGAAUCGGAAGCAUCGAACGAUAGCAGUGGUGAUUCAGAAGCCGAGCAGGAAGAAUGGCAGGUCAAACCGGUCUCGAUCCGAGAAGUGGAGGAGAAGAUUGCGGAGAUUAAGCGUCAUUUGGAUAUGUUGUCGGAGAAACAAAAGCAGCGGGAGCAGCAGCGAGUCGAAAUGGCCAUGGAUGAAAGCGAAACGGAUUCAGAUUAGUUCCGCAAUCACUUGUCAGUGGAUCCGAUUAUUUGCACUGGGCCCGUGAUUGGACAGUAAAGUCACUGCGGUCAUCAUUUGCUGGGCUGUUGUUUUGUUUUUGUACUGAAUGAUGUAGGUACAAGGAAUUGGGAAUUGUUUUAAUUUUUGAUCAUAGUGGAGACACUCGUAUGUUGAUUUGUACGUCUAUCGUACAGUAUGUACUAAUACUUAUGGACAGGCUUACGUAAUUUAGUUCACUUGUUUUCUUGACGAUUCGUGGAGCGAAUUUUCGACUUAACCAACCGGAAAAUAACCGGAAAAUUUAACAUUGAAAUGGGAAAAUUAAUUCAGUUUGUUGUGAUGACUACAGUCAUAAGAGAAAAUUGAAUAAAACAGA